AUGACUGAAUUGGCUCCAUCAUUGGGCCACAGCCCAGACAGAUCGCCUUCUGCUAGUGGCACAGAGAGUUAUCCUAGCAGCGGGGUACUCAGCACAGACACUGAAAAAGAAAUCAUUCCCUCGACAGAAAAGCGCGAGCUUAAAGAGGAUGACUGUUACGAUAAGCUAGGAUACUGUUGGCCAAAGUGGAAAAAAUGGUCUUAUCUCGUCGCAGUGGCUUUUGUUCAAGUAUCGAUGAACUUUAACACCUCAGUCUAUCCCAAUGCAGUCAAGCCUCUAUCAGCGGCCUUUGGUAUUGGUGAACAAGAAGCCCGUACUGGUCAGAUGAUCUAUCUUGUUACUUAUUCAAUCGGAUGUGAGCUCUGGGCACCCUGGAGUGAGGAGUUUGGCCGUUGGCCGAUUCUCCAGCUGUCCAUGUUCCUCAUCAACAUAUGGCAAAUCCCGGCAGCACUGGCACCUAACUGGGGUACCAUUGUUGUCGCACGUGGUUUGGGUGGUAUCUCUACCGCUGGUGGCAGCGUUACUCUCGGUCUAAUCGCAGAUAUCUACGAGCGCGAAACGCAACAGUUCCCCUUAGCCUUCAUUGUGUUGUCCUCCUGUAUUGGUACUAGCAUUGGCGGUGUUAUCGGCGGACCGAUCGAGAGAUACUUAGGAUGGCAGUGGUUCUUCUGGAUUCAACUCAUCUUCGGAGCCGUCACGCAAGCGAUUAUUUUCUUCAUGCCUGAGAGUCGUUCUACCAUUCUCAUUGACAGGGAAGCCAAGCGACGUCGUGAAACAGGAGAAGACCCGAAUGUAUACGGACCGAAUGAACUGAAAAACCCUCGUGUGUCGCUGAAAGAGGCGGGCAUGAUCUGGAUACGCCCUUUCCACAUGCUUUUGCGAGAGCCUAUCGUUCUCUGUCUGUCCCUUCUAUCCGGAUUCUCAGACGCAUUGAUUUUUACCUUCCUCGAGAGCUUUUCGAUUGUCUACGAGCAAGGGUGGGGAUUCGGUAUCCUUGCACAAGCCUGGGCAGUCAUUCCGAUCAAUCUUGCCUACGUUCUCGCCUACUUCUCAUACUUUCCUUGGUUCAUGCGAGACGGUGCUAUCCGUGAAGCCAAGGGUGAUGACGCACUUCCACCCGAGCGCCGCUUAAAGUGGCUCCUAUUCCUUGCGCCGUUCGAGCCGAUCGGCUUGUUCGGAUUUGCUUGGACAUCACUUGGGCAGAAAUAUGGCGUGCACUGGAUCGGCUCGAUGAUAUUUUCCACCAUGGUUGGCAUUGCUAAUUACGCAAUCUACUUGUCUUCGGUCGACUAUAUGAUUGCAUCCUACGGGGUAUACUCCGCCUCCGCGUGUGGUGGAAAUGCCUUUGCUCGAGAUCUUCUUGCUGGUAUUUCCGCGAUGUACGCGACGCCAAUGUAUACCAAUAUUGGAGAUAAGUGGCAUGUCGAGUAUGCUAGUACAAUUCUUGCCUGCCUUUCCUGUCUUGUCGUGGCUCCCAUUUAUGUUUUCUAUUGGAAGGGUCCUCAGAUUCGCGAGCAAAGCAAGUUUGCUCGGUCCUUGCAGGCAAAGCGGAAGGAGAAUCACGGCCGACGAGUCAGUCAAACCAAGGCCGAGCCAUAA